ACAAACAUUGUCAAAGUUUCGUGUCGAGUGGCUGCUUUCUGGUAUUGACUUCGGGUUUUGCUUGCAAAGGCAAGAUGAACACGGACUAUACUUGCCGCGUGUGCGAGACAACAGAGAACCUGGAAAUCAUAUUCAAAAAGGAGAAUAAAGGGAUACUCGCCAUGUUCAAAGUAAUCGCUAAUGUGUCGAUUGAACCGGAUGACGCGCUACCAAAAUGCUUGUGCGUUAGUUGCAUGAAGCAGUUAGAACAAGCACAUGAGUUCAAGAUCCAGUGCGAGGAAACGGACAGAAAAUGGAGGGAACGUCUUUCACAUAAGGUUACAAAUAAAAACAAUACAACGCGUCAGGAGCAAGAUAACUAUGAGUAUGAAGAAGCCCGUUUCAUUUAUGACUACAGCAAGGAUAACAGGGAAAGUGUGUUCAUCAAAAAGGAGGAAAUUUUCGAACCGGAAUGCCAUUUAGAGGAUACAGAAAUUCUGCAAAACAGUUCUUCUAGUGAAAAGGAAGAUGACCCAAACUCAGGAGACGAAGCUCCCGAUGCCCAAAGUUCGUUUAGUGAUACUCCUGCAAAAAAAGAGAUCUCGGAAGAUGUAGCUCCAAAACCAUCGAAAAGAGGACGGCCCAAAUCAACUUCAAAACCAGCUUUGAAAUUACUCACUCCUCGGCCGAAAGGACGUCCAAAAGGAUCGACGAAGGCGAAAAUGGCUAAGCAAAGGGCGAUGCUACAGCCUGGAGAGGACAAGGUGUAUCAAUGUCAUAUAUGCCAGAAAGUUUUAACAAAGCGUGGGUUGGGAGUGCACAUGGAAACUCAUGGUGAACGACAUGUUUGUCAGUUGUGCGGAAAACAGUAUAGUCAGCGUACAGGUCUCAACCGGCACAUACGGCAUUUUCACAAUCAACAAAGACCACACGAAUGUGAGCUGUGUGGAAAGCGUUUUCCUCGAGUUUCUGCCUUACAGCUGCACGCCGCAACCCAUCGCAGUGAACGCAGAUUCAAAUGUGAAAUAUGCGAAAGAACAUUCAAAACCACGCAUUGUCUUAACAUACAUAGGAAAGUACAUGGGGAUGGGUCGAAGCUGAUGUGCAAUAUUUGUGGUCAGACAUUCACCGAUACUCCCACUCAACUUGCUCAUAUGCGAAAACACAGGGAUUUUCAAUGUUCAGUUUGUUCUAAGCGUUUCGUAUGUGAGGAGUCCAUGAGAAUUCACGAAGCGCGUCACGUCAACGAGAAGAUGCAUCCAUGUGACUUCUGUAGUCAAACAUUCCGACGAAUUUGUGACUUAAACCAACACAAACUAAUCCACCCCGAGAGCAGACCGUACGAAUGUUCAGUUUGUGGGAAAACAUAUCGACAUCGGGGCGGUCUUUACAUGCAUACGCUGGUGCAUACUGGCGGAAUGGAAUUUCGGUGUGAACUCUGUCCCAAAAAGUUCAUGAAAAAAUAUAGUUUGACUAAGCACAUACUAAAACACGAAGCGGAAGCAGCCGAAUCGGAAGCAGAACGCAUAAAACAAGAGAAUGAGGCGGAAGCGAUGGAGAAUGAACCAGACUCGUUCGAUAUGGAGUUGGACCAAGUGAAGCUGAAUUCACUAGAUGGACUGUUAAACGGUCAGAAUGAUGAAGUUGGCGUAAUGAAUUGAAUUAUUCGAACAAACUAUGAAAUGAAAGUGGCGUAGAUGAAUGCGGGACUGAGAAUCAUGUCGUAAAUGUCAUUUGAUUUCGUUUUAAUAUUUUUUUAAUGCCCUUGCAACCUCAGGAAGCUUUCGUUUGAGCACGAUGAAAGAGACAACAAAACUGUAUUUCGUUUAUCAAGGAAUUAUUCGUUAUGUAUGAAUGAAGACUAUUUUUUUAGAUAUUUUUUUUUCUCAAUAAGAUGACAAAGUGUCGCACCAAACUGACUUAAUAUUCGUGUAGAUAGAAUCAACCAAUAUGACCCUUAGCUUUAAGUAUUACUACCAUCUAUGUUUGAAUAGUGAAUGUUAUUGAGUUAUCGGUGAAUAUAUGUUUAGUCAAAAAUAA